AUGCUUUGGAAAUGGCAAGCCGCCACCCUAGGUGAUACUGCCAUGGUCAAGGAAUUGCUUGCUACUGUGCAGGGCUCCCAGGAGAAGCCUCGUUAUGGAUAUCCACUCCUACUCGUAACCCAUUCAGGAUGCGUUGAAACAGUGGAACACCUUCUAAAGGAGGGCGCAGACCUAACGGCCAGCAUAAAGCGCACAGAGAUUGAGGAGACACCCUCGAUAUUUCCUGCCCUGGUAUCUGCCGCCAAUGGCGGUAGUGUAGCAAUCAAUAGCAUUCUGUUGAAGGAGGGAGCCAUGGUGGAUUUAAGGUGUGAUACGUCAGGUUGCACCGCUCUUAAAGUCCCUGCUGGGAAAGGAAACCCUAAACUACUGGAACUUUUACUGGAAGGCGGCGCCAAUCUAAACGGCCGCAACGACGGAGGUCCUAUAAUUGCUGCAGCAAAAUGGAGAAAGCUUAGAACAGUGCAGGCUCUUGUGGAGAAUGGGGCCUGCAUGGAUAUUGCAAACAGUAAAAGCGAAACGCCUAUCGGAGUUGCCGCAAGCUUGAAUAAAAAGGAUGUGUUCGCAUACCUGACACCUUCCGCAGAUUUCAGGUUCGCUCUUAAAACUGCCUUUGACGAGGGUCACUUUUAUAGCCAGAAUCAGCAGCAUGUGGGCCGAGUCCAUUCUUAUUCUCGAACGAAACACUGGCACCUGUUGUUGCAGUGCAAUCUUGCAGUAUUGAAGUACAAAUCUGGUUCCGGAACGACUGACAUAUCGACCAGCUGGGUGUUCAUUUUCGUGUUGUGGUUUCUUUCGCAACUGAUAUAG